CCUAUGCGAGCCACCGAUAUAUGUAUGUACACACAACAUGCAUGCCAGCUCAUAAACUUAAUACUUUACAACCAAUCCGCACACGUCAGUAGGUACCAAAAAGCUGGCGACAAGGGGGCUGACAAAAUAGUGACGAUAACAAAAUGAAUAAACCAGUUUUUAUGAAGUUUAGUAAAAAAAGUGGAUAAAAACGGCGUACACGUACACGUAUUAUAAGCCGAACACCACGGUAUAACGGGCGCUGUGUAACAGCGAAGAAUGUGGUCAUUUUUCUCCCGUGAUCCUACCAAAGAUUUUCCUUACGAGAUUGGAGAGCCAGUCUUCGGUUUCGAGGGGAAGAGCUUGUGGACACUUCACAGAGCAAAGAGGAAGGGAACCAAUGUCGGCGAAGAUGUUUCUGUUUUUGUCAUUGAGGCAAAAAAUGGAGGUGAUGCAGAUCUGGAAACUGCCAGAGCAGCUGUAAAAAGGUUAAAGACUCUCAGGCAUCCUAGCAUAUUGACCUACCUCGAUAACCUUGAGACAGAGAAGACUAUAUACCUGGCAACAGAGAGAGUCGAACCACUGCAGUUGCGACUGCAUGGAAACAAUCUGCCCGAGGGGCAGCAGCGCGACUUGUACCUUUCGUGGGGGAUUUUUCAAAUCACUCGUGCUCUCAGUUUUCUGAAUAACGACGGCAAUCUUAGACACAACAACAUCAAUCUCUGGUCGGUUUUCGUAAAUGUGGAAAGUGGCGAAUGGAAGCUGGGGGGAGUGGAGUACACGACAGGGGUAACGGUAAACUAUACUCCCUUGCCCGCGGCCCUGCGCAUCUACCAACCUCCCGAAGCUACAGAAACCUACAAACCUCAAUCAAAAUGCACGAUUGACGCGUGGGGACUUGGCUGCCUCAUAUGGGAGGCAUUCAAUGGCCCGCUCAACAGGUCUGCUGAUCUGAAGACCAAAACGAAUCAGAUACCCAAACAACUAUUGGCUGUGUAUCGAGAGCUCUCCAGUCACAAUGCAGACGUACGACCCAAUCCAGCCGAUGUGAUAGCAAGGUGUCGAAGCAACGGAGGAUAUUUUAAGAAUGACUUGGUCGAUGCCCUCUUAUUCUUGGAAGAAAUCCAGAUGAAAGAGAAGGGUGAGAAAAGUAGAUUCUUCACACAACUAGCCUCAAAGCUGGAAAGUUUUCCCGAUGGAGUUGGAAGGUAUAAAAUCUUACCCCAGCUUCUGGCGGCAUUUGAUUUUGGAGAUGCUGGAAGUGCGGUUCUACCACCGCUACUGCAACUCGGCCGUAAAUUACCCGAUCCUGAGUAUCAGCGUCGCGUUGUGCCCUGUGUCGUGAAAUUAUUUGCAUCAAACGACAGAGCGACACGUUUGCGACUCUUGCAGCAUCUAGAGCGAUUCGUAAACCAUCUUCAACCUUCCACGGUCAAUGAGGCGAUUUUCCCACAGGUUGCUCGUGGCUUUUUAGAUACAAACCCUGCUGUCAGAGAACAUACUAUCAAGUCGGUAGUUCAUCUCGCUUCCAAGCUAGAUUAUAACAACCUUAACGUAGAAACACUCAGACAUUUUGCCAGACUUCAAUCAAAAGACGACCAAGGUGGAAUACGAACAAACACCACUGUAUGCCUUGGCAAAAUUGCUCAACAUCUGCACCCUCAAAUCAGACAAAAAGUACUCAUCGGUGCUUUUGUCAGAGGUACCAGGGAUUCAUUUGCUCCUGCGCGCAGCGCAAGUAUAUUGGCAUUAGCUGCGACGCAACAAUAUUUUCUUCUACAAGAAGUUGCGAACCGAAUACUCCCGGCUCUCUGUCCGCUUGCUACCGAUGUGGACAAAGGUGUAAGAGAAAAUGCUUUUCGUACAAUUCGGGGAUUUCUUUCUAAGCUCGAACGAGUCUCCGAGGAUCCCGGACUUCGCGAAUCUAUGGAAGCGGACGUCAAUACGGCCACACCGAGUUUGAGCAAUGCUGCAGCUACGUGGGCAGGGUGGGCCGUUACCGCUGUUACAGCUAAGUUCUAUCGCAGUCAAUCUGACACACCAAAGUCAUCCAACACGCAAGCAUCAAGAAUUUUGCUUAGCAAACCAGCCUCGCUUGAGCAGGCCAGCAGUUCCCAGAGCAGUGCGAGUACGACGACGACGACCAGUAGCGCGACAAGCAUGACUUCGUUGGAUCAUGAUCAGGAUCAAGAUCCCCAGAGUACUGGAAAUACAAAUUCGGACUGUGAAUGGGAUUGCUGGGAGGCAGACAACUGGGGUGACAUGGAACAGCAGUCUGUAACCACACCGAAUGUUGCAGCAUCUAUGGCUAAGACUCAAUCUUCUGCGGUUGCAUCGAAAGUUCAUGACCCUCAGUGGGAGAACCUUGAGGAAGAACCGGAGGAGGAAAGUCAAGCAGAUGACAAGGGCGGAUACGAUGGAAGCCGACAAGAAGGCUGGGAAGACUCUGAAUUUCAGCCGAUUGAAGAAUUCCCGUCGUUUGAACAGUCUGCAAGUAAUGCUAAACUCGAAGAGGCAAAAAAGAAACGGGAGGAACGAAAAUUAGCACGUCAGCGUCAGAUGGAAGCUAAAAGAGCAGCCAGAAUUCAAGGAAAUAGCGCGCCUAAGAAAAUUUAGUAUCACUGACUCAAUGCCGAAAAAUUGGGAACAAUCGCAGUGGCAUCAUGAUCAUUACGAAGUUACAAAUAACGUACCAUUACACAUUAAUAAGACUAUUAAUAAUGAUAAUUAAUAAUCAUAUUGUUUCAUCUAUUCUUGCUGCAACUGUCGCUAUUACUGUUAUUACUAUGAAAAAUGUCAUUACAUGAUCUAGAAUGGUUAACCAAACAGUUUUAUACUUGUCAAGACAGAGGUAUUGAUGUAACAAAAAUUUUUAGAUACGGUGUGCUGGCUUUUUUCUCAUACCCUUACUUCCCACGUCGCAAAUAGAUGUCCAAACCGAAGCUCAUAAGUGUACGUCCGUCCGUCCGUGUGUGUGUGUGUAAAGCCAUGGUUAUUGUUGUAGAAACUUGAGAAAGAUCGAAAAGUAACUUGCAAUUUUUAGGACAGACUAUAAUGAAUUUGAGUGUACUAGAAGAAAGGGCUCCGUUCAUCCGAUUAUUUUACUAAUCACAAACACCAUUCGAUUAUUGGCCGAAUCCAUGAAAUUACUGAACAGCGUGCCGAUCUCUGCAAACAAACGUCUGCCGGGUAGAUUUGUGAUUCACAAUGCAUCUACAAUAUGUACAUGCAUAUAUGGAAAUAGCUUGAAUGUAUAAUCUGUUCCACGAUACCAUAAAAAAUGUCGAUGUCAGGAUACAGCGAUAGUGUUUUUGCGUAAAAUAUCCAUACAUGGAUUGCAUAGAUUCUGUGUGCCAUAUCGGACAUAUUGGAUAUGAGCAACUUGAAUUAAUCGACCAGACAGGUGAUUGCCAAAAACUUGGAGAUCAUAGUAUACGAAAUAUUAAUAUUUAUGAAAUUAGUCUUUCUAUACAAUUGCUCGCAGCUUGUACUCAUACAACUAAAUUGUAAUGUAUGUCUAUAUACCUAUGUGUGUGUGUGUGUGUAUGCAUGCACGUGCGCGCGCGCGCGUAUACACACAUACGUAUAUUUUCUCAUCGCUACGAAAUUCCAUGUGAUAUAAUAAUAAAGAUUAAAAUUAAUUAUUGGAGCCUGGGCGAGCUUGCCUUUUUCACUUUCAGCGUAAUACGUAAAAAUAAAUAGUAAUGUUUUAUAGGUAAGAUGCAUGCACGAAUUUACGUGGUUGACGCCGAAUAACGCAUAUGUAUUUACAUAAUUAUUAUGUAUAUGUAUUUGCAUUAUGAUGUAGCAUGUGAGAUAUAGCGUAUCAAACUUGUUUUGUAGUUUUUCGAAGACAGGGAAGAAGGAGCACAAUUUUUUAGACUCUGUUGUUUUUUUUUCACAGUUUAAGGCACACUCCACGCUCGUCACUACCGAAUCUUCAUUCUCUGUUACUGUACUAGUAUAGGUAUAAAUAUAAUUUGCUGAUGAAUGAAUGCCUUGAAGUAACUAAAUCUAUAAUUCGCUCUAAAUCUAAUAUUAAUAUUCUAGAUAUAGGUAAUAUCUGUACUGUACAUGAAUUUAUGUCAUUAUCACCAUUUACCGCGCACAAACCUAUACUUUGAGACAUGUUUCGUUUGCAUGACGACGACGAAGACGACAGUAAUAAUAGUAGUAGUCGUAGUAGUAGUAAUAGUAAUAAUAAUAAUAAUAAUAAUAAUAACAACAACAACAACAAGCUAGUAAUUGUAAUAUUCGUAGUAGUAGAAUGAUAAUGAUAGUAAUAACAAUGCCGAUCAAAGGUAAUAGUAAUAACAAAAUAGUGCUCAGAGGAAGAUGCGGAUGACAUAUGGUCAAUUAAAACAGUGUCCCCGCAGCAUUUUCAUUGUACGACAAAAUUGUAACAACGCCGAAACUGUUUUUAAACAAGCGUUUUUCUACUUUAGUAUUGGACUUGGUAUACGUGGGAGAGAGCAGUUUUGGAAUUGGAUGACCAAUAGAUAAGUUUGAAUACGUGACAACUACUUCCCAGCAAUUGACUGCGUUGUCGCGCAUAAGCGAACGCCCUUAUGCAAAUUUGUACAUUUACCAAGUCUGUGUAUCGAAAGAAGUAAAUACAGGGCGUGAGCAUGUAGCGCGACAAUUAACUUCUUAGUACCGAUACUUGGAACUGCUACCAUUCAAUUAAUGCGCGACAGAAUUACCGAAUGCACAUCUUCGAACAGAAGUUGGGGAGAAUAGUUCAGGCAAGGUGCCCUUGUCUUAAUGGAACUGCGAAGUACAGCUCUGUUGCAUUCCGAUUUCUGCAGUUUUCGCAAACGUUAUUCAUUUAUUCAUGUGCUUGAGUUAAGUGAAAUAGUUGUGUCAAUCCCAAGAAUUGGUUAUGCUCUGAAACUUUCAAACAAACUGCAAGUCAUCGGGUAAAACGUCGCAGGUGAGUAGUACAUGCAGGCAAGUAUAAAA